AUGUAUUCUACAACUUAUGCUAUUCUCUUCCUAGUUGGAUUAUGUCGCGUGCUCGUAGGAGCUCAACCUUUAGACGUCUUGGCUCCUAGAGAGUAUAAGGACUGGACGAAUUUCAAAGACAUCAACCCUUGGUCUUUGCCUGAACAUUAUGUUAAAGGGACUGGUGAUAAAGCUGGUUCUGUCUAUCUAGGACAUGAGCGCAUCCGCUGCGGCGUUGUUGCCUUUGAUGGAAGCACCGGUAUCUGGAUGAUCCCCGCCAACAAUAACUUCGAGACUGUGGGUUACAUUUUGCCUCGUGGCGGCUAUGAUAUAGAGAAGGAUAAAGACAUGGGUGACUGCGUUUUGCGCGAGGCUCUAGAAGAAGGAGGGCUUGUUAUUUCUCGAUCGUCUCUGAAGCCCCUUGGACUAAGCAAGGGCGGGUCGGUUUUUUGGUUCAAAGGCACCGUUACUAAGACCGUUACGCCAACCGAAGUCCGCGCCCAUCCACCUAAAUUAUUCUCACUUACUAAUGCACCGAAAGAGCUACAGAAGCCACUAAAGUCGCCCCAAAAGAAGGAGGAUAUGCGUAUGGCGUUUUCUGUAGCAGAAAGACUUUAA